GUCUGAGUUCAGACUGCCCCUUUCCCCAGGGAUUGGAGCUCUCCUCUGGGGUCUAGCCUCACACCUGCUCCAGCAGUAGGCACGGGGCAGGGGAUCCUAGGCAACUGGCACUAACCUCUUUGUUUAUCUCCUCACUCUUCCUCAGUAUGGACCUGUACUUUAUCAUGACAAAAAGGAUACAAAUGCAGCUCAUUUCUGAGUGCUGACUAGAGCAGUGGUAAAUGUUUAACAGUAACAUGGUAGCCUGUAUCUUGCCUAAUGUGUGCUCUGUGAUCAGAAAGUCUAAAGUCUAAAAGCAAAAAUGUGAAUCGACUGUUACAGUGGUACACUGGGCAUGAGUCCCAUGGAUACUGCACCUGGCAGUUUGGAGUAGCCCAAGUAUUUUUUUUUUUUUUUGGAGAUAUCUUGUAAACGGUGGCUGCCAUGACGACAGAGGCGAGUGCUCUGAGUGAAGCAGACACUGAGGGUAAGCAGACGGCCAGUCCCACCGAACCUGAACCAGAGAACAAGCAGAACCCAGAGCCAGAGGAAGGGCAGUCCUCCGCUGCCCAGGAGCAGACCUCUGAUCCUGGGCAUGCAGAGGCAGCAGUCACCCCCGAAGAGGAGCAGCUGAAACCUCGCACCAGGACCUCCGCCGGCAAAGGCCUAUCCAAACUAUUCUCCAAUUUUCUCAAGCGGCGCUCACAGUGUUCAGAGGGAGACGGCUUUGAGGUGGAGAAAGCCAAGGAUGACAAGGCUGACAAAGAGGCAAAAGCCGAAAAAGUAGAGGAGACAGAAGAGAAAAACGAAGAGAAGGAGAGCAAAACACAAGAGGCAGUGGUUGAGGUGAAAGAGGAGAAAAAGGAGGAAAAGGUAGAACCCACAGAAGAGAAGAAGAAAGAGGAAGAAAAGACUGAAAAGAAAGGCAGCAAAAAAAAGAAAAAAGAGGUCAAGAAAAAAGGUGAAGACAAGACAAAAAAAGCAGAGGAUAAGGUAAAAACAGAAGAUGCUAAAGUAAAACGAGAUGAAAAAAUAAAAAAGGAGGAUGAAAAAGUGAAAAUAGAGGAUGAAAAGGUAAAACCAGUGGAGGUAAAAGUGAGACAGGAGGAGAAGAAGGAAGAAGUGAAGGAGGAGACAGUUGCUGAAAAAGUAGAAGAAAAGGUAGAGCCAAAAGCUGAAGCUAAAGAAGAAGCACCUGCUAAAGAUGAAACAAAGAAGAGUGAGAUAAAAAAGGAGGUAAAAAUUGACAAAAAAGAAGCAAAGAAAAAAAAGGAGGAAAGAGAAAAGAAGAGGGAAGAGGAGAAGGCGAAGAAAAAAGAGGAAGAGAAGGCACGGGAGGCAGAGAAGGCUAAAAAGAAAGAACAGGAGAAAAACAAAAAAAAGGAGGAGGAGAAGGCAAAGGAGGCCAAAAAGAAAGAGGAAAAAGCAAAAGAGGAAAAGAAGAAAGAGGAAAAAGUAAAGGAGGAGAAAAAAGAGGAAAAGAUAAAGGAGGAGAAGAAGAAAGAGGAGGAAACAAAAGAGGAAACUAAAAAAGAAGAGGAGGAGGUGAAAAAGAAGCCAGAGGAAAAACCAAAAGAAGAGACAGCAAAAAAAGAGGAGAAGUCAAAAGAGGAGGUGAAGAAAGAAGAACAGAAAACGGACAAGCCAAAGAAAGAAGAAGAAAAAGGGAAGAAAAAGGACAAGGGCAAAAAGGGUAAAAAGGGGUCUGUAGAACAGGUCAAAGCGCCCAUUGCAGAUCCAGAACCGGAGCUCAAAACUGAACCAGACAUCGAACCGGCUCCGGACCAGCGCUCCGUCGGCAGUGCAGAGCAAGCUCCAGGGGAAGACAAAGAGGAUCCUGAAGUAAAGGAAGCGGCAGAGAUAGAAGAAGUUAAGGAGGACGGUGAAAACAAAGAGUCACCAAAAGCUGAAGAGAAAACAUUGAAGGGAGAGAAAAAGUCUAAAUCACAGGCAAAAAAAACUGGUAAAGAGAAGAAAACCGAGGAGGUAAAAGGCUCCAAAGGCCAAAGGCAGAAGACCAUGCAGUGCAAAGUCACGUUACUGGAUGACGCUCUCUUUGAGUGUGAGCUUGAUAAACAUGCUAAAGGUCAGGAACUAUUCACUAAGGUGUGUGACCACCUCAAUCUAUUGGAGAAAGAUUACUUUGGCCUUGCACACUGGGAAUCCUCAUCUAGUAAGACGUGGGUUGACCUUACAAAAGAGCUUCGAAAACAGGCUCCAGGAGGCAUUUAUGAGUUUACAUUCAAUGUUAAGUUUUACCCCCCAGACCCAGCCCAGCUCACUGAGGAUCUCACCAGGUACUGUCUGUGUCUCCAGCUGAGGAAAGACAUCCUGCGUGGGGUCCUUCCAUGCUCCUUUGUGACCCUGUCUUUACUGGGGUCCUACACAGCUCAGUCCGAACUCGGAGAGUAUGACCCCGAAGUACAUGGUACAGACUAUGUGAAGGAUUUGAACCUGGCUCCUGGACAGACCAAAGAGCUGGAAGAGAAGGUCAUCGAGCUACACCGCACAUACAGGUCAAUGAGUCCAGCCCAAGCAGACAUGCUGUUUCUAGAAAAUGCCAAGAAACUUGCCAUGUAUGGAGUGGACCUUCACCAAGCUAAGGAUCUUGAAGGUGUUGACAUCACAUUAGGUGUUUGUGCCAGCGGACUCAUGGUUUACAAGGACAAACUCAGGAUCAAUCGUUUCCCUUGGCCCAAAGUGCUCAAGAUCUCCUACAAACGAAGCAGCUUCUUCAUCAAGAUCAGGGCAUCAGAGCAAGAACAGUACGAGAGCACCAUUGGUUUCAAAUUGCCAAACUACAAAGCCUCAAAGAAACUGUGGAAAGUUUGUGUGGAGCACCACACCUUCUUCAGAGUUCCAUCAGUGGAGCCUCCUUCCUCUCGGCGCUUCCUCGUCUUGGGUUCAAAGUUUCGUUACAGUGGACGCACUCAGACUCAGACCCGUCAGGCCAGCUCCAUGAUCGACCGGCCCGCUCCUCGCUUUACACGCUCUGCCAGCAAGAGGCUGUCCCGCAACCUGGAUGGAGGCAGGUGUGAGGUGGAUGACUGGGCCGAUUAUCUGCAGUCCACCAGAGUCCAAUAUCUCCCUGGGCUCUCAGUCACAGAGCAGAGUGUCCAGACUGACCUCGGAGUCAGUCGGCCAUGGCCUGAGCUGCUGCAGCCAGAACCAGCAAAAGACGAGUGGACUACUCUGCUCCACCGACACCCUCCUUUCCCUCUUACACCAUCAUUUACUAUGGUUAAACAGCCAGGGGAACUUAACUUGACAAAGAUGAACUCUCUAGAAAGGCUGUUUCAACCUGUGCCAAAGCAAACAGAUGACUGGUUUUUGUACUUUGACCGCAGUAGUGUGUUAAAAGGGGACAGUAUUUCAUACCAGCUCCAGCAGAGGGAAAAGCUCUCUGUAGAAAUGACCACUGAGGAAGUGGUUGAGCGGAGACAGGAAUUCAUCACUUUGGUGGAUACACUGAAAGAAGUGGAUGUUUUAGAAAGACGCCUGAAAGAAGUGAGGGAUUUAGAAGAACGACUCCAACAAGUGGAUGAGCUUCAGGAGAGACUUCAGGAAGUUAUUGAGGAAGAGCUAGGAAAGGAGGAGGUGGCUAGGCUCAAGGAUGAGGAAGACAGGGAAACACAAGUAAAAACCAGUAUACGAGCAUCAAAAACCACAGUGGGGGAAGUGGAUGAGCUGGAAGAUGAAAUUAAAAGGGUGUUUCUCAAAGGUUUGCUAUCUGAAGAAGAGGAGGCCAGGCUGCAGCAGAAUCUAAUGGAAUCUACAGACAAGAGUUUUGUGAUGGAAAGUUUGAGAGAAAAACUUGGUCAGAUAGAAAACGAGUGGAGAGAGGAUGUGGAGAAGGAGCUUAGGCUGUCAGAUGUUGGCACCACUGGUGUUGUAACAUACCAGGUUGAGAGGAGGAUGGAGAAAAUACUAACAAUUGUGGAUGAAAUGACUGAAAUUAAAGGGAUACCAAAAGGGGGAGUUGAGACAAAGUCCAUAUUAAGCAGAACAGAAUUGCUUGAAGAGAGGGCAAGCAGAUUUAUAAUUCCAAGCCAGUCUGAAGAUAAAGAUGUCUGGUUUAAGCUUUUUGAUCGUCUUCCAUAUAAGGCUGUAUACAAGCCAGUGAUUGCCUCUGUGGAAACUGUGCAAACCAAUGCAGAUAUUGUUUCAUCAAAGCCACUUGUUUUGGAAAAAGGUGAAGUUUUAGCCGAAGAGCUGAAAAUUGAAGAUGAGGGGUGGGUUGAGCGGACCCCUCAGGCUCCUUUGCCCUCUGUGCUGAGAGCUGAUGACUGGUUUGUCUUGUUUGAUGUUGUUCCAAGAAUUGUGCCCCAUAAACAACCAGCUACUACUCUAAUGCCUGUUGUGGAGGUGGAGACUGAAAAGAAAGAUGUUUUUCCUGAAGUGCCAACAGUUAAAAUGAUUGAAGAAGUAGUAGUGGUUGAAAGUGGCAAAAUGAAAGCUCAAAACGAAGCCAUAGUUUUGCCAGCAGCUGUGAAUAAAGUUGAAGAUGAUUGGUUUGUUUUGUUUGAUCCUUCUCCAAAGGUCAUGCUAUACAUGCAACCAGUAAUUGAAAUAGACAAGCCUGCUGUUGAUGACUACCACAAAGAAGAGAUAAUUUCUUCUGAGACAACCUCAGAGAAGGUUGUAAUGGACACGAGUAUAAUUAUAAAAAAGGAGUUGUCCAAGAUUAAAACAAAUGAGCAGAAAAUCACCCAACCAGCCCAACAAAGAGGGGAUGACUCACUUCUCUUGUUUGAUGUGGCUGUCAAAACAACUCCACACAGACCACCAGUGGUAGCAGUGGCUUCUUAUGGUCAGGCCUAUGUUGAAGAAACAACUACAGUUAAACAGAUGACAAGGAUUUCUGUUAAAGAAAUGACUGAGGAGAAAGAGGUCAUUGUUCGCCCAGUUAGAAAAGAGAAGAUUUCACCAACUUUGAGAAAGAUUGAUGAUGAUUGGUUUGUCCUGUUCUUUGCUGCACCCAAAGAAACUUCCUUUAAGCCUACAGUGGUGCCUGCUGCUCAAAUAAUUCCAAAAUCUGAGCCUAAAGUUGAAGUUAAAGUGACAGAGAGGAAGGCUGAUGCAGUGCAGAUAAAACCAAGGCCUUCUCAGCCACUGCCACAGAGAGAGGACGACUGGUUUGUUCUGCUUGAGCCCAGAUCAAGGUUAAUCCUCCCAACAGUGCUUCCUGUUAAACCUCUGCUUGGUAUAAGAAAAACUUUGGAUUCAAAAAUAGAAACCACAGGGACCCAAGCACAGAAGUUGAUAAUUGGUGUGGACAAAAGACGAGAUGAAACAAGUUUGUUUGAGAGAAGACCUCGUCCAAUCAGAGCCAAGUCUGAAAGAGAAAUAGCAGAUGAUUGGUUUGUAUUUUUUGACAUCAUCCGUUACAAGCCUGUCGCCAAGCCAAAAGCUGUUUUGAGAGAAAGUGCUGCUGUUGUGUCAAAACCCAAGCUAAUAUAUGAUGAUGUGACCAAAGUACAAGGAACAAAAGUUGCCAUCACAGACGAAGAAACUGUUUUGUCAAUGUCCAAACGAAUUUAUGAUGACACAAAGCCAUUUGUGACAGUAACAAGGAUAAAAAAAAUACUACCACGAAAGAUUGAUGAUGAUUGGUAUGUCCAACUGGAUGCUACACCUAAAAUAAAAGCUGUGGCUAAACCAGUCCGAGCGUCUUCUGAAAUAAAAACUACCAAAACAGUAGUGACCAAAGUACAAAGAGCACAGCAGACCGUAACAGUAACUGAGAAGAGGUGGCAGAGAGCAGGUGUGGAACAGAAAAGACUUCCUGCUACAGUGCGAAAGGUGGAUGAUAAUUGGUACAUACUCCUGGACAGGAUCGCUAAAGCACCAGUAUCUGCACCUGCUCGUGUUCGGUUUACCACCAAGGAAAGUAAAAUUGCCACUAAAACAAGGGUCACCAUUUCUGAGUCUCGCCCGCGGUUUGAGAAACGGGUUCUUAAGGAAAGACGUCCCUCCUCUCGUAGAAGUGACGAUUGGUUUGUUCUGUUUGAACGUGGCCUCAAGAAGUCAGUGGUGAGCACGCAGAGAGGCACACGUCCCGUCAGUGCUCCGGUGUUCUCCCAGGCUGCUCUGGCUGAGGCGGGGAUCCCCAUGGCCCCUCUGGACCAGCCCCAAACCUCCACCCCUAUCAAGGGCAGCCGGCAGGACGAGAGGCGACUGGAGGUUACCGUGGAGACAGAGGAGAUCACUAAAAUGGAGACGCUGUCUGAGGUGAAGCCAAUAUGGAAGGACCGUAGAGAAGUAAAGUCAACCUUGAUAACCAGCAUCAAUGGGGACCUGAAGCACGAGAGGGAAGUGGCGAGCUCGGAGAUGGUGCGAUUGAGACAGAAAAGGGCAAAGAGAAUUGAGGGUGACUCAAUUUAUAUCAGACAUAGCAUUUUAAUGUUGGAGGAGUUUGACAAACCCCAGGAGGACCUGCUCAGACACCAUGCCAGCAUCAGUGAGCUCAAGAGGAACUUCAUGGAGGCGCUGCCCGAGUCACGACCCAGUGAAUGGGACAAGCGCCUGUCCACACACUCCCCUUUCCGCACGCUAGGGGUUAACGGACAGCCUCUGCCUGGAACUGAUGGGAGUGUUUGUGAUAGCCCUGAGUGCAAUGAGUCUAAAACGAACACUACACAGGAGGAAACCAGAAGUGCGUUGAGCUUUUCGGGCACAUCCAGUCCCACAGUAAGCCACACUAGUGAGCUUGAUGGACCGCAGGACUCAGCAGUCGAGUUUUGCGAUCAAGACGUGGUUGUAGUUUUUGAGACAUCUCUGGUACCUGUUGUGGAGGUGGAAAUGGCCCAGCUGUCAAGCCCCCUUCACGAGUCCCCUUGUAAAGAGUUAGAUGCAGCACAGACGAAGGAGCUCCAAGAGUCACAUCCUGCAGAGGGGGACAGCUCUGGGACAAUAGUUGGAUCGUCUGCUGUCUCCUAUUUCAGGAGUGUUGGUCCCAAGGUCAUGCGCUGCUUCCAGCCCCCAUUGGUGCAGACGCAGACAGUCACCAUCACAGCAGAGUCCUCCUUUUCCAGUGACAUCUCCACCACAGAGGUCCCUAUCGUCCCAACCCAUUCCAUCACCUAUGAGUCUUCAAAGGUGGAUGGGACAGAUGAAGACAAAGAGGUUUCAUCUGAGUCCAGCUCCAAAACCGUGACGUCAGAAACAACCAGCGGCACCACAGUCACCACCACUCAUAUCUCAAAGGUGGUGAAAAGCGGCUCAUCUGAGACUCGUGUUGAGAAAAGAAUCAUCAUAACUGCAGACUCUGACAUUGAUCAAGAAAAGGGAAAAGGAUCUGGAGCCUCUGCAUUGUAACUGGGUCACAUUUCUUAUAUUUACUUCCAUCGUUUUCUUCAGUGCAUGCCACAACACUGUGGCCAGCUGUGCCCACACAUCAACUAUCUCCCAUAAUUAUUGUUGUAGACAAGUUGUAGAUGUUUUUGUUUUGGUACAUUUAUACUAGAAAACAUUUAAUGUUUUCUUAAUUCAGGAGCAUUUCCAGUGGUCAUUUUUUUGCUUUUACGGGAUUUUAUGUAGUUGUUUUUACAUACUUUUUUUUAAAAACAAACCAUUUCGUUUGUAGUUUUAGACCACUUUACAAGAAUCUAUUUCCUUGUUAAACUUUCAAGGGAAUUUGUGUUGUUUACAUGUGUAAUAGCUUAGGUUUUCAAAAAUACAUUUUAAGUGACAUACCUCGAAACAAAAUGUGAACAAAUAUAUUCUGUGCCCAAAGGUGGGCUUUGUUCCAGCUCAGGUACAAAAGCAGAUCUAAUUGAUUUCUUCCCUGACCAGCCAAGAACCGGUAGCUUACUCAUUAUUGUAAAGUUUAAAUUAAAAAUUGUUCUAUUUUGAAAUAUUUCUCUAUUUUAUAGAAUUAAUGCUUUUAUAGUGUUUGUACAAAUUAAGGUUUUUAAGUUAUACGUAUCCAUUUUCUCAUAAACUGUGGGUUUCUGUUGUGUUGUGUAAGUA